CGGCUGGAGUCUACCAAAGGUGUUCUACUCAAGUGACCUAUCUCAACCUCAUCCUUCGAUUUGGCCUGAUCGCGGCGCCGACGUCAUGAACGACACCGCCACCACCCCUUCUCCCACUCCGGGUCCCGCCUCGAAAGCAUCCCCCAGUCUGAAAUCACCAUCCACAUCGGCGGCCGGAACUAAGCGCAAACGGGCAUCGGCAGCUAAAUACUAUGCCGUGAAGGCGGGCUAUCAGCCAGGUGUUUACUAUGACUGGAACGAUUGUCUAACCCAGGUGACGGGGUACAAGGGAGCCGUCUGCUUUCCCCUCUUAUGAAGAGGCGAAUGCUUUCCUUACGGGGACCAGCGUUCCCGCUGCGCGUGGCGGCACUCCUUUGGAUUCAGAACCCACGAGAUUUUACGGUGUCCAACGCGGUCGAAUACCCGGCGUUUAUACAGACUGGGCCAAGGCUCAGGAGC